AUGACACAAACCCACACUGGUCACGUGAAACUAAUUUUCAAACGGUUUGGGGAAUUAAUGUGGGUUAGAUAUGGGUUAGUUGGUAGAAAGCUAAUAGGACCGUUCUUUUACGAUGGUACGCUUAAUGGCAGACAAUAUCUUAAUUUUUUAACCAAUGUACUAUCAAGACUGUUGGAUGAUGUUUCAUUUGACACACAGAACAGGAACCGUAUGUUUUUCCAGCAAGAUGGAGAACCAGCCCACAAUGCAAUAUUGUUAGACGAUAUUUAA